GUACAGAGUUUAUUGCGGCACGCCGUGUCACCGGAGCUUGGGUAACGGAUAACCCGCCCGGCCGCCCCUUAAACCCAUGCCGCUCGUCGUCGUCGCCGCCGCCUCGGCGGUCGCGCCGCCUCCACCCCGACGAGUGGCUCCGUUCCUCUCUCUCCGCACUCCCAGGGCCGGAACCCUAGCCCUAACUGUCGCCCGCUGCUCUCCCUCCCCUUCGCCCCCGGCAGCUGCGGAGGCGCCUGCGCCGCCGCAGGAGGCGAAGCGGAAGCCGCAGCGGUACCCGAAGCAGUACCCCGGCCAGGCGGUGGGCGUCGCCGAGGAGAUGCGAUUCGUCGCCAUGCGCCUCCGCAACCGCAAGCGCACCACCAUCAAGGACGAGCCGGGGGCGGAGGACGCGGACGCGGGGGCGGAUGCGGAUGCGUCGGCGUCGGAGGACGACGACAACGACGGCGACGAUGGCGGGGUGAAGGAGGAGCACGAGAAGGAGGAGGACGGCGAGCUCGUGGAAGGGGAGUGGAUGCCUAGCAUGGAGGGGUUCGUGCUGUACCUGGUGGACAGCAAGCUUGUCUUCGACACCAUCGAGCGGGUCGUCGCCGAGUCCACCGAUGUCGCCUAUGUUUACUUCAGGAAAAGUGGUUUGGAGCGUUCAGCUAGCAUUUCAAAAGAUUUAGAGUGGUUCAGAGAACAAGGGGUUGAAAUUCCAGAGCCAAGUACUUUAGGAUCAACCUAUGCAACUUAUCUGACUGAACUGGCUGAGAGCAACGCCCCUGCAUUCCUCUCCCAUUAUUACAAUAUCUAUUUUGCACAUGUAACUGGUGGUGUGGCAAUAGGCAACAAGAUCCGCGAUAAAAUUCUGGAUGGAAGGGAGCUGGAGUUUUGCAAAUGGGACACUGAUGCUGAACUUCUGCUGAAAGAUGCUAGGGAGAAGCUUAAUGAGCUUAGCAAGCACUGGACUCGGAAGGAUAGGAACUUGUGCUUGAAAGAAGCUGCUAAAUGCUUCCAGUACCUGGGAAAGAUCGUCCGGUUAAUCAUCUCAUGAGCCAUCAUAUCUGGUGGAUAAGCCUAGUCUAAUCUCACUGCAUGCAUUAGUGGAUAUAGUCUAGAAGUCAGGAAAAGCUUAGAGAUCUUAGUAUCGGUGGGGGCUUAGCGCACUUGCUUUUGAGAGGACAGGCAAGGCAACAUCCUUAUCAGCAAGACAACAUGUCAGAAGUUUGAAGGAUCCUUUGGUGCUAGUGAUGGAAGCUGGUCAGUGAGCACUAUGUGACUAUGUGGUGGACGUCCAAAAUCCAAAUGGCAGGCCACCCCAGUUUCUUUUUUGGCGUGCAUGGUAGUGGUAGAGUUGCUCGUUUGACCCCUUCCUGCAGCACCGUUGGUUUGUGCAAAGUUGAAAAGAUCCUUUGCCGUUUGUCAGGGUUGUCUGGGCAAGCAAGCUGAUGGAUCGUGCCAUCCACGCAGUGAUGAUGCAUGCCUGAAGAUUAACAUGAGGUCACGAGCAAUGGGGUAGCAUGCAGGUUAGUUCAGGGAGACCGUAGAAAUUUCUUCCCAGCUAGCUGAGUGGGAUGACUGUAGCUUCUAAGUUCUAAAUUGCUAACAGCGAUGUAUCAGUGUGGAAUGUAUAGAUGCAAACAACGUCUGAUAUAUUGGGUUUCUUGCACUAUCACUCCUGACAUCCUUGUUGAUUCCUA